GCCACAAGAAACCACGACAACUGCUCCUAUAAAUACCAACGCAGAUCGGGGCUGCAGGAACCAUCCCAACGACAGCGAGCCAGGAUCGAGUAGCGGUGUCUGUAGCUAGCCGACCAUGGCCGCCACUAUCAAGCGAACGGUCUUGCUGCUACUCCUUCUCGGCAUUGCAACGCAGCUGAGCUCCGUGGCUCUCGCCGGAUUCGGCCGUGGCCCGUUCGGUCGUGGCUGCCGCCACGGUCGCUGCCAUGCCGGUGGCUUAGGUGGAGGUGGUGGUUUUGGUGGUGGUGGAGGGGGUGGCUUGGGUGGUGGAGGUGGCCUUGGUGGGGGGCACGGUGGUGGUUUUGGAGCCGGAGGUGGGGCGGGCGGAGGUGCUGGGGGAGGUUUUGGUGCAGGAGGUGGUGCUGGAGGAGGUCUCGGAGGUGGAGGAGGAGCCGGUGGUGGGCUCGGAGGUGGAGGAGGUGGUGGCUUUGGAGGUGGCGGUGGGGGCGGGCUUGGCGGUGGUGCUGGAGCUGGACAAGGUGGUGGUUUUGGAGCUGGCGGUGGUGCAGGCGGUGGAGGAGGAUUUGGUGGCGGUGGCGGUGCCGGUGCCGGUGGAGGUCUUGGAGGUGGGCAUGGAGGGGGCUUCGGUGGUGGUGCAGGAGCUGGAGGAGGAGCCGGUGGCGGGCUCGGAGCUGGAGGAGGUGGUGGCUUUGGAGGUGGCGGUGGAGGCGGGCUAGGCGGUGGUGCCGGACAUGGCGGCGGCUUUGGAGCUGGUGGCGGUGGUGGAGGCGGCGGAGCUGGAGGGGGAGGAGGAUUUGGUGGCGGCGGCGGUGCCGGUGGAGGUCUCGGAGGUGGGCACGGUGGCGGCUUCGGUGGAGGGGCUGGAGUAGGCGGUGGAGCUGGUGGAGGCCUAGGAGGCGGAGGGGGACUCGGAGGAGGAAGUGGUGGUGGGCUUGGAGGCGGUCAUGGCAGGGGUUUCGGAGGCGGCGCCGGUGGAGGUGGUGGAUUUGGUGGUGGUGGAGGUCUUGGAGGGGGGCACGGUGGUGGGCUUGGCGGCGGCAUAGGUGCCGGAGGUGGUAUCGGUGGAGGCUUUGGUGGAGGUGUUGGUGGCGGGCAUGGCGGUGGUGCUGGUGCAGGUGACGGUCUCGGUGCUGCUGGUGGUCGGAUUUGAGCAACCUGGUUGCUGAAAGGCCAUAUUCUUGUAUUUUACCAUGAUGAUUAAUUCUUGUAUGAAAUAAAACAAUACUAUGGAUAAACUUUAUUUUAUCCAAAGGUACUUUGUUCUUGUUUUCGCCUUCAAAUUUGCAUUCCGUUGUUGUUAACAAUGACAACAAGAGAAUAAAUGUUUGCUAAAAAAUCUA